CCCAGAAAGAUCAGAGAUUUGCAGUGGAAAAGAAAAACCAUGGAUGGUUAUGAGAUUGUGAAGGAUAUUGGGUCUGGGAAUUUUGGCGUGGCCAAGCUUGUUAGGGAUAAAUGGACCAAAGAACUCUUUGCUGUUAAGUUUAUUGAAAGAGGGCACAAGAUUGAUGAACAUGUGCAGAGGGAAAUCAUGAAUCAUAGAUCAUUGAAACAUCCCAAUAUUGUUAGAUUCAAAGAGGUUCUUCUUACGCCUACACAUCUAGCCAUAGUCAUGGAGUAUGCUGCAGGUGGAGAGCUCUUUGAGCGCAUCUGCAUUGCUGGUAGAUUUAGUGAGGAUGAGGCAAGGUUUUUCUUUCAGCAAUUGAUAUCUGGGGUCAGUUAUUGUCAUUCCAUGGUAUGCAAUUUUGGCUUGUACAUUUAUAUUUCUUCAAAUAUUGUAGUACCAGUGCUUUUGUUUAUGGAAAUUUCUGUUUUGCAGAAAAUAUGUCACAGGGAUCUUAAGCUCGAAAACACUCUCCUCAACGGAAGCACCGCACCCCGUGUCAAAAUAUGCGAUUUCGGGUACUCAAAGUCAUCUGUGUUGCAUUCUCAACCGAAAUCUACGGUAGGGACACCGGCUUACAUCGCCCCGGAGGUUCUAUCCAAGGAAGAAUACGACGGCAAGAUUGCAGAUGUUUGGUCAUGUGGAGUCACCUUGUAUGUUAUGUUGGUUGGUGCAUAUCCCUUUCAGGAUCCAAAUGAUCCGAAAAACUUCGGAAACACAAUUGGGCGGAUACUCAGCGUUCACUACUCAUUCCCGGACUACGUCCGAGUUUCCGUGGAGUGCAAACACCUUUUGUCUCGGAUAUUCGUGGUGAAUCCUGAAAAGAGAAUAACUAUACCGGAAAUUCGAAGCCACCCUUGGUUCUUGAAGAACUUGCCGGUGGAACUAAUGGAAGGUGGAAGCUGGGAAAGAAAUGAUGUAAAUAACCCUUCACAAACCAUGGAAGAAGUGCAGAGCAUAAUACAGGAAGCUAUGAAAACUACAGAGGUUCCGAAAAUCGGGGGACUUUCCAUUGGAGGAAGCGUGGAUCUUGAUGAUUUUUAUGCUGAUGCUGACCUUGAUGUAGAUUCAAGUGGUGAUUUUGUGUAUUUACCGUGAGUAAAACUUUGGAACAAAUACAAAAUCUCAUUGUCAUCAACAGCAGAGUUUUAUUAAUGGAUGAAUGAAUAAUACAAUA